AUGUCCAACGUGGAAGAUAAGCUUCGAGAUGAAAUCAACGAUAAUGCGGACAGCCUCUUGUCACUGACGCAGACGCUCGUACGGACGCCAUCGACGAAUCCGCCAGGGGAUGUGUCCGCUGUGGCCUUGGCGGCGGCGGAUCAGAUUCGAAAAUUGAUACCGGAAAGCGACAUCUCCACCUUGGAGACCGGCCCAGGCAUCACCAACGUUGUUGCCGUGAUUCGCUCGGGACACGGCGGAAAGCGGCUCGUUUUUAGCGGCCACCUGGACACGUAUCCGAUCGGCGAAGCUUCUCGGUGGACGCUGGAUCCCUUUGGCGGCCAACUGAGCAGGGACGGCCAGUACGCCUAUGGUCGCGGGGUGUCGGACAUGAAGGGGGGCAUCGCGGCGUCCAUUAUUGCCGCACAGGCACUGGCGCGCUGCAAAGACAAUUGGCGCGGCGACGUGGUGAUUGCGCUGGUGGGGGACGAGGAGACCAUGGGCACACUGGGCACGGCGCACCUUUUACAGCACGUUGCAGAGGUUGGCGAGGCGGACGCCAUGAUUUGCGGCGAUGCCGGGUCACCGCUGAUUGUACGCGCGGGGGAAAAGGGACUGCUGUGGCUCGAGGUAGAGGCCAGCGGGCAACCAGCGCACGGGGCUCAUGUGCAUCGCGGCUGCAACGCAAUUGACCGAUUGAUGGCGGCGCUGUUGCAGCUCAAGUCGCUGGAAAAGCUCGAGGUCGCGGGGCCAAAGGAUGUGAGGGAGGCAAUCAAGGCGGCCCAGCCAGUGUCCGAGCCUCUGGGCGGGGCUGGUGAAGCCGGCGUCCUUGGGAGCGUGACGGUGAAUAUCGGCACGAUUUCCGGCGGGACGUCGACGAACCUGGUGGCGGAGAAGGCGUCGGCGUCGCUGGACUUUCGGCUGCCCAUGGGGGUGACAACGGCCGCGCUAUGGGAUACGCUAUGA